AUGCUCCCACCCACCUCUCUCGGGCGCCGCCUCCUCCAGGGCUCCGGCCUGCUGUCCGUCUCGGCGGCCGGCCGCGACGCCGCGCUGAUCAUCCUGACCCGCAGCUGCCGUAUGUUCGCCUACGGCGCAAGCUCGCUCGUGCUGGCCCUCUUCUUCGCCGCCCUGGGCUUCCCCGACGCCCGCAUCGGAGCCUUUAUGACGCUGACGCUGCUCGGCGACGUCGCGCUCUCGCUCGCCCUGUCGCUCAUCGCCGACCGGGCCGGCCGCCGCCGCACCCUGCUGUUCGGCUCCGCCCUGAUGGUCGUCAGCGGCGCCGUGUUCGCGCUGUGCGAGAACUUCUGGGUCCUGCUGGCCGCCGCCGUCGUCGGCGUCAUCAGCGCCACCGGCGGCGACUUCGGGCCCUUCCGCGCCAUCGAGGAGUCCAUGCUCGCCGAGCUGACCGGCCCGGACACGAGGGCCGACGUGCUGGUGUGGUACGUCACGCUGGCCAGCCUGGCGACGGCCAUCGGGACCGAGGCCAGCGGGCGGAUCGUGGAGGCGCUGAGGGCCAGGGACGGAUGGACGCUGCUGAGUGCCUACCACGGGGUCUUUGGGUUGUACGUGGUGGCCGGGGUCGUCAACAUGGCAUGCGCGGCUAUGCUGUCGGCGCGGUGCGAGCUAAGAUGGAGCGGGGAAGGGGAGAGGGGGCAAGGCCCAGAGACGGAGCCGUUGCUCAGGGGCGACGCCGAGAAUGGGGAUGGGAAAGAAGAACCGAAGUCCCGGAGGAGCUGGGCGGCCCGGAUCUCGCCGGAGACGCUCACUGUCGUGGGACCAUUGGUGUUUUUGCUGAUGCUGGACUCCUAUUCGGACGGAAUGACUUCGUUUUCGCUGACCACAUAUUUUAUGGACACCAAGUUCCGCCUGUCCAAGUCGGCGCUCGGCGACAUCAUCUCGGCCAGCUACCUACUCGCGUCGCUCUCGAACAUCUUUGCCGGACCGCUAGCACGGUCCAUCGGGCUGGUCCGGACGAUGGUUUUCACCCAUGUUCCAAGCAGUAUGGCAGUGCUGCUGUUCCCUCUGGCGCCGAGCGUGCCGCUGAUGGUUGCGCUGCUGCUCGUGCGCCUCGGACUCAACAACAUGGACCAGGGCCCGCGUGCCGCGCUCAUUGCGGCCGUGGUCCGGCCCGCUGAGCGCACGGCAGUGUUGGGCAUCAUCUCCAUGCUACGCACGCUGGCGUCGGCCGCAGGGCCAACCAUGACGGGCUUGUUGGCGGGGGGCGACAGGUUCUGGAUUGCCUUUGUCGUAGCAGGGGCGCUGCGCCUGGUCUAUGAUUUCGGCUUGUUCAUCAUGUUCCUCAACGUUAAGCUGUACAAACACGAGAAGCAGGAAGAAUCAGAGGCACAGCAAGCAUAG